AUGACUGUGAUGGCUGGGGAUAAUGUGGAUGAAACUUCUGCUUUGCCAGGACACCCUCAAGACAGCUACCAGCCUGGUGCUCAUGAUGACCAUGACUGCUGUGAGAGGGUUGUGAUCAAUAUUGCUGGCCUUAGAUUUGAAACCCAGCUGAAAACUCUUGCCCAGUUUCCCAACACGUUGCUGGGUAACCCAAAGAAACGCAUGCGAUAUUUUGAUCCGCUGAGGAAUGAGUAUUUUUUUGAUCGGAACCGGCCCAGCUUUGAUGCUAUCCUCUAUUACUACCAGUCUGGAGGGCGGCUUCGCAGGCCUGUUAAUGUGCCCUUAGACAUGUUCUCUGAGGAGAUUAAGUUCUAUGAACUGGGAGAGGAGGCUAUGGAGAAAUUCCGGGAAGAUGAAGGAUUCAUCAAAGAGGAAGAGAAACCCCUGCCUGAGAGGGAGUAUCAGCGGCAAGUAUGGCUCCUCUUUGAAUAUCCCGAGAGCUCUGGGCCUGCCCGCAUCAUUGCAAUAGUCUCUGUCAUGGUGAUCUUAAUCUCCAUUGUGAUUUUUUGUCUGGAAACUUUGCCAGCAUUGAAAGAACAGGAAAGAGACUAUGCAAGCCCCCAAAACCGCAGCGACAACUCCACCGUGUUUUACAAGUCCAAUAUCUUUACAGAUCCCUUCUUCAUUGUGGAGACCCUGUGCAUCAUUUGGUUUUCUUUUGAGUUGGUAGUGCGUUUUUUUGCCUGUCCCAGCAAAGCAGAAUUCUUCAAGAACAUCAUGAACUUCAUUGACAUAGUGGCCAUCAUCCCUUACUUCAUCACUCUGGGUACAGAGAUGGCUGAGCAGGAGGGGCCUCAAAAGGGGGAGCAGGCCACCUCUCUGGCUAUCCUGAGAGUCAUCAGACUGGUAAGAGUCUUUAGAAUCUUCAAACUCUCCAGACAUUCUAAGGGCCUUCAGAUUCUGGGACAGACCCUCAAAGCAAGCAUGAGGGAGUUAGGCUUACUAAUCUUUUUCCUCUUCAUUGGGGUGAUUUUGUUCUCCAGCGCGGUGUAUUUUGCUGAAGCUGAAGAACCUGAGACUCAUUUUUACAGCAUCCCUGAUGCUUUCUGGUGGGCAGUGGUAUCCAUGACCACUGUGGGAUAUGGUGACAUGUACCCUGUGACAAUUGGAGGCAAAAUCGUGGGCUCCUUGUGUGCCAUUGCUGGUGUGCUGACAAUUGCCCUGCCAGUACCUGUCAUUGUGUCCAACUUCAACUACUUCUACCACCGAGAAACAGAAGGGGAAGAACAGGCUCAGUUGCUUAAAGUUAGUUCUCCUAAUUUAGCAUCUGACAGUGAUCUGAGUCACCGUAGCUCCUCCACAAUCAGCAAAUCUGAAUACAUGGAAAUUGAAGAGGAUAUGAACAAUAGCAUAGACAAUUUUAGAGAGGCUAAUCUCAGAACUGGCAACUACACCGUAGCCAAUCAAAACUGUGUUAAUAAAAGCAAGCUGCUGACUGAUGUUUAA